UUAAUCGCAACUGUCUUGGAAAACAGUAUCCAGCAAUUGCAGCCGUUACGACAACCAGUCCUCUGGACCGAUUCAGUUAGCCUCAAGGAAAUAAAUAGCUUAACUACUGAGGGUACGCUCUCUCCUCUGCAAACAUCUUUGCGAGCUGGGGUGGAAAGUGGUGGGGUGAGCAAAGGAAAGAAGGAUGCAGCGCGUUUUCACGCGACAUUGUGCUAGCACUUUUUCUGCUUAGAGAAGGAAGAGUGGCUACUGAGCUUCUUGCUAAUCUCUUCGGAGUCAACUUGCGCCCCAAGCAUUGCUAUUGGGAGCUCCCAGCUAAAAAGAGAAGAGAGGAGGGUUAAAGACAGUGCAUACAGCAAAGCUAGAUCAACAACCGAAAAAAAAAACGGAAAAUCUUGGAUAGACCACGGAGCCCGAAUGGGGGCGGAGAACCUGACAUCUGUGUGGAAAUAUCCUGAGCUGGGACUCUGAUACUGGGCGCUGGAGGGUCUGACAUGCCUAGGGGGCUCCGCUUAGCUUCAACGCAAAGAUCUGGGAGGUUUGCCUGAAAGAGAGAAGCUGAGAAACUUCAUAAUAUUUCUUCAUUCCCAAAUCUGUGCGUAUUAAAGCUAGAUCCCCAGUGGGACAGAUGUCUUCAGUAGUGACCCCAGCUAAAGAAUCUAAUGCCAUGGGCCCCAAAGAAAUGGAGCUCAUUCUUGUUAAAGAACAAAAUGGAAUGCAAUUCACCAAUUCAACUCUCAUUAACCCAACCCAAACCAGCAUUGAAACAGAAGAAAGAGAGACCUGGAGCAAAAAGAUUGACUUUCUCCUUUCUGUGAUUGGCUUUGCUGUAGACCUUGCUAAUGUUUGGAGAUUUCCUUAUCUCUGCUACAAAAAUGGAGGCGGAGCUUUCCUGGUCCCAUAUUUGUUUUUUAUGGUGAUUGCUGGGAUGCCACUUUUCUACAUGGAAUUGGCAUUAGGACAAUUCAAUAGGGAAGGAGCUGCUGGAGUCUGGAAAAUCUGUCCAAUAUUAAAAGGUGUGGGUUUUACUGUUAUCCUUAUAUCCCUUUAUGUUGGAUUCUUCUAUAAUGUCAUCAUUGCCUGGGCUCUCCAUUACUUUUUCUCAUCCUUCACUAUGGAUCUUCCCUGGAUACACUGUAAUAAUACCUGGAAUAGUCUGAACUGCUCAGAUACUCGUUUUUUCAACUCAAGUGACAACUUUGACAUCAACGACACCUAUAAGACCACUCCUGCUGCAGAGUAUUUUGAACGGGGAGUGUUGCAUCUUCACCAAAGCAAAGGAAUUGAUGAUUUGGGCCUUCCUCGAUGGCAGCUAACCUCCUGCUUGGUUGUAGUAAUUGUGCUGCUUUAUUUCAGCUUAUGGAAGGGAGUGAAGACAUCUGGGAAGGUGGUAUGGAUUACAGCCACCAUGCCAUAUGUGGUCCUCACAGCCUUGCUAUUACGAGGGGUCACCCUUCCAGGAGCCAUUGAUGGUAUUAAAGCCUACCUGAGUGUUGAUUUCUACCGUCUCUGUGAAGCAUCUGUUUGGAUAGAUGCUGCCACUCAAAUAUGCUUCUCUCUUGGUGUUGGGUUUGGUGUGUUAAUAGCAUUCUCCAGUUACAAUAAAUUUACUAACAACUGUUAUAGAGAUGCGAUUAUCACUACCUCUGUCAACUCCCUGACAAGUUUUUUUUCUGGCUUUGUCAUCUUCUCCUUUCUGGGCUAUAUGUCACAGAAACACAAUGUGCCCAUUGGUGAUGUAGCCAAAGAUGGACCUGGGCUUAUUUUUAUCAUCUACCCUGAAGCAAUUGCUACUCUCCCUUUGUCCUCUGCCUGGGCUGUGGUUUUCUUCAUUAUGCUUCUCACAUUAGGGAUCGACAGUGCUAUGGGAGGAAUGGAGUCUGUGAUCACUGGGCUGAUUGAUGAAUUUAAGUUUCUCCACCGGCACCGAGAACUGUUCACCCUGUUCAUUGUCUUGUCAACAUUUCUAACCUCCCUCUUCUGCGUCACCAAUGGUGGCAUUUAUGUCUUUACACUGCUGGAUCAUUUUGCUGCAGGGACAUCUAUUCUUUUUGGGGUACUCAUUGAAGCCAUUGGGGUUGCAUGGUUUUACGGUGUUGGUCAGUUCAGUGAUGACAUUAAACAAAUGAUCGGUCGAAGACCUGGCUUGUAUUGGCGGCUUUGCUGGAAGUUUGUCAGCCCCUGUUUUCUUUUGUUUGUGGUGGUGGUCAGCAUUGUUACAUUCAGACCACCCAACUAUGGAACGUACAUCUUUCCAGAUUGGGCCAAUGUGGUGGGCUGGAUAAUUGCCACUUCUUCCAUGGCGAUGGUACCGAUUUAUGCUACCUACAAAUUCUGCAGCUUACCUGGAUCUUUUCGUGAGAAAUUAGCUUAUGCAAUCACUCCUGAGAAAGAACAUGGCCUGGUAGAAAAUGGGGAAGUGCGUCAAUUCACCCUUCGCCAUUGGCUAAUGGUGUAGAAUUAUGUGAAGAAAGAAGAAAAUGUGAAUCAUCAUAGAGAGAAUAAUCAAAACAUGGACUGAUGGAGAAGGGAAGGCUAUUUUUACUAUGUAACCUCUUUACUGCAAAGGAGAAAAAGAAAAAAGAAAAAAAUAAUUUCUCUUCUGACUGCACAGUGUCUGCACCAAGGGAUAAGUUAUUGUUAUUGUCCUGUGCUGGUUAAAUAUAGCAUACAGUUAGUGUGGUGAGUUCUUUGGUUCAAAUGCUCAAUCACUACUAGGAGGAAAAAGUAAAUCACUUUAUGCUAUUUAUGCAGAGCCCUUUGUCCAAAUCACACUUAAGGUCACAGGAACAUAACCUACAGCAACUUCUUUAUGUUUUCUUGGUGAAUUUGGAGAGAAAGGAAUGUCUUAGUCAAUAUCUAUCAGAAACAUGUUAUGCUGCAAAUUUGAGUGUCUGUUACUAACUUAUAGAUAAUUUCUACAGAAAUCAACUAUUCCAUUUUGUUUAAUUGUGAUAAUGUGAAACAACAAAAAAAAAAAGUAAUUCUUGAUUUUAGACCAUUUAAAAAAAUCUCUAGU